UUUUGUUUUUGCCGACCUCUUCAGCCAACCAGGAGCUUGCAGUCAAGCGUAUGGCUCGGGUUUCUAUCGCUGUGUAUUAAACUCCUGGUCCAAAUUACUGCCGUGAUUUAGCCCUAGAAUAGGAGCAGCUCCCGCUUCUGAGGCACCGGAUCCUUGCAAAACCGUCCAGCGAGCCGCUGUUGGCUGUCAGCAAAGCACUGCUCUUCGCAUUCUGCAGCCUGAUCGAUGCUCGCUCUGUUUCUUGCGCGGCGCUCUCGUGCUCUCUCAUUCCGGCUGCAAAGGUUGCCAGGGUAAGAGAAAGGGGCGUGGUGCAAGCGGAAUUAGCAACCAGUCAGGGCGCUUCGUUCUCUGCUGACGUCACAAUGCUUCGCGAGCUUUAGAACCUGCAGCAGCAGCAGCAAUAACAAUAACAGACGGGCUCGCUCCCGGGGGCCGAUCAGCUAGGCGUGAGUGAGUCGGAGCCAGCGGGAGGCACAGGCGGCAGCUGCUACUGUCAGCCGCGGCGGAGGAGAGAGAAGAAGCCGAGCAAGCCAAGAGGGACUCCAAAACAGAAACGCUUCUUCUCGGAAGCGAUGUCAUCGAGCGAGGCACCCGGGGUGCAAGAGGAGAAUUUGCAGGGUUCCUGGGUGGAGCUCCACUUCAGCAGCAACGGGAAUGGUAACACGGCUCCGCCAGCCAGCCAGGAGCAAGCCCCAGCUUCAAUUUCCAUUUACAAUGGUGACAUGGAGAAAAUACUUCUUGAUGCCCAGCAUGAAUCUGGAAGAAGCAGUUCACGAGAGAGCUCACACUGUGACAGCCCUCCUCGUUCUCAAACGCCUCAGGACAUUCUCAGAGCUUCUGAGGUAGAGAGUCGUGGCAGUGGAGAAAAGAAUAGUUCUCAGUCUGAAGAAGAUUUCCUGGAGAGAAGGAAAGAAGUCGAACGGCUUUUGAAGAAGAAUUCCGACUGGAUGUGGGAUUGGUCCAGCAGGCCUGAGAACAUUCCACCCAAGGAGUUUCUGUUUAAACACCCUAAGCGCACAGCUACCCUCAGCAUGAGAAACACAAGUGUGAUGAAGAAAGGAGGCAUAUUUUCUGCAGAAUUUUUGAAGGUCUUUCUACCAUCUCUGCUGCUUUCUCAUCUGCUUGCCAUUGGGCUAGGGAUUUAUAUUGGAAGACGAUUGACAACCACAUCUUCCAGCAGCUCGUUAUAGGAGGGGGAGGAAUUCCUGUCUCCUGCAUCACCGUGACGACACCUGUAUAGGCAUGCAAACUGGUGAAGAAAAGGAACUCUCAAGUGUGCAAUAGCUAUCUGGUUCUGUGUUUUUUAGUUCUGUAAAUGUUGUUCUCAUGGUUUAAUUGUAGAUGGGGAGGAUGGAAACCAAAGCCAAACUCUGUGUAAGGCCCUCCUCUUUUUUUUGCACAAUUCAACAACACGUGUUUUAGAUUCAACAUCUGAAGAGAUGCUGGAGAAAUGAAUUAAUCUUUUUAUAAGCAAUGGUACUAGUUUGUUUCAGGAGAAAAAAAGAAUGUAACUUUCCUGUACUCCAGGUAGUGUAGCAAGGAUGUGUGGUUGUUUCUUUCUGCUAUACAAGACUUCACAAGGCAUGCUAUUGGUAGCACACCCAGUGAAGUCUGGGACAAAAGCAAAUAUGAUCUUGCCUUACAUUUUUAGAAAAAGAAUAGACUCUUUUUACUUGAUUUUAAACAGCUUAACAUUUGCUUUAACAGUGAAUCCUAAAUACUUUUAAUACAGGCCUGUAUGCUUACGAUUGGAUACUUCCCUUUCUCUUUCAAUAAAUGUUAAUGUGCUCUUGAGCUAUUCAUAACAGUGUAUGUAGGCAUAACUUUAGCAUGGCAAGGCAGUGUAUACUAAUGCUGAAACAAAGAGGGAGAACUGUGGCAUGGAGUUGAUGAGGGAGUUGUGUGAGAUGAGGCUACUUUCUGCUUCCUUUCUCCCGAACUGCAGUCUUCUGUGCUCCCUGAGAUUGUGUUAGUGGUCUCCCAGGGACAGUGUGCAGGGCAGAAUUGUGAUCUGCAGUAUGAGGAGAAAUUGGUAGAAAUGCCCUUCUCUUUCCUCCAGUGACAAGUGCUCUUCUGUGGGCAGAAUUGCUGGUUAUACUGAUGGAAUGGCAGUUAGGAGCCAACUAUAUAUUACCAGUCUAGAUAUUUGAGAAGAAUGGCAAUGGCUGGUCAGACCAACAGUCCAUUCAAAGACUUUCUCUGACAAGUUCACAGAUUGGGCUAGUUAUGACAGCAGUUCCCAGCUAUUUGUCUGUGAAUCUGGAAAUCAGAGAGAGAGAGAGAUGGCUUCUUAACAUGGUGUUUCUGUUACUGUUGUGACUAUAGUGCCAUUGAUAAAUCUGCCCUUUGUACAUUUUUUUUAAUAAAGAUACAGACGGUUAUAAAUAUGUCUAAGUGCACAGUGCAGAUUUGGUGAUGGGGGAAUUUGUUAGAAAAUGAAAUCAAAUUUUGUAACCCACUCUGUCCAGGUACACAUUAGAAUGCCAUAGUGCACAGAUCUGCAUAUUCAGCGUUUUGCUUUUUUCAUAAGAGCCUGCCUGCUAAGUUAAAUCCAGUUGACUCACUGUAAGGUAAUGGUGUAUAAGACUGCAGCCUUGGUUUUAGACUGGAGAAUAAUGGAGACUGUCAGUCUGGUAGCCUUCCCACCCCAUUGCAACUUCAGCAUUCAACCUUAAGUGACCUCAAAUAACUGCUUCCUGGUUAGAAGGAACAGCAAAGUAUUGCCUGGCAUUCACCCAUGUUAGCAUUGUGUAAUCAUAUCCAUCGAGACAGCAAGUUUGCUUUUCUCAUUGGUUUGGCCUUAUCGUUUAGCAAACAUGGAUUUUUAAUGUUUUUGUCCUUCUGGAACAGAACUGAAAUUAAUAUAGCUGUCUUACGGUGUACAGUGGCAUCUGGUGUCAUCUACCUGUAUAAGCAAUUUGCAUAAUAGGGCUCCACAUGCUAAGAGUUUUCCACCUUAGGUAUUACUUGAAGGGGUAGGUUAGGGGGCGGGCGUAUCUUGGCUUUAUAGCAGAACAUUCACUUCGCUUGUGGAAGGUCCCAGGCUCAUUUUCCAGUUGCUCCAUUUGAAUGGCACAGAUAGUAGAGAAUGUGGAAGACCUCUGUCUGAGAGUUGGAAUGUGGAAGAUCUGGAGAGUUGCUGCCAGAGUAGGCCUUGCUGACCUUGAUAGCGCAGCUUCAUGUGAGGGAGGAGGCUUCAUUUUGUUUCCCCAUCUCCUUUAUGUGAAAAAACAAUUUCUUGGAACUUACCAGAAGGUUUCUUCCUUUCAGUGGGGCGAAGUCAUCCAAGCUGGUUAGGUCCUGCCUCUGAUUGCUCAGGUAGGGCUAUGCAAAUUUUGUAUGGCCCCUAUUGGAGAGAUCAUAGGCUGUCCAAACCCUGCAGUGUAGGUUCUCCGCAUGUGUUUUCCUUACUGUUCCUUACUGUGAUGGCAUUCCUUGAUGCUUUUUGAAAUGGGUGGGGGUGGGAAGUGGAUGACCUUGGUCUACUGAAGAGAAGAAACCUUCAGGUAAGUUCCAGUGGUUCAUUCUCCUUCAGUGGGAGAAGUCAGCUUUACCCAAGCUGUAGCUCUGAGUAGGUUCCUUCCAAGGUUUCACCACCAGCUGCAGGACACUUCUGCCAAAGGCUGCUUCUGCCAAGACUGUCUGGUCAAUCCUAUAAUGCUUGAUGAAGGUUGAGAAGGAUGCCCAAGUGGCAGCUCUGCAAAUCUCCACAACUGGUGCUGUUCUGGAGAAGGCUGCUGUAGCUGCUGUGGCUCUAGUUAAGCGUGUGGUAAUCCUGCUGGGUGUUUUCAGGCCUUGAGCUUUGUAUGUUUGAAUAUGCACUGUGUCACCUGGGAUGCAAUGGUGGAUUUUGAUACUCUGUUAUCCAAAUUUGGCUGCUAUGUGACACUAACAAAGACUCCAAGAGUCAGAAGGAAGCUCAGGUAAAUGUACAGAACUCUGCACACUUCUCGCUUGUGCCAGGCUUUUCCUCCUGGAUGCCUUGAGUCUGGGCCGAAGGAUGGCAGUAUCAGUGGCUAGUUGAGGUGGAACGCUGAAUUAACUUUGGGUAUGAGGAGGGUCACUUCUGUAUCCUCAGUCAUUAGCUUCAUGUGGGACAGGACCACUUGGGACUCUCAAAAGGAAGCCAUGUGGUUUUAAUUUCUGUUCUCAGUACCUCAUUGUUUCUUUUGUUUCGACCAGGACCUUGUCUAGGUUGAGCCUGCCAGACGAAGGGUCCACUUUUCAGUGCUUAAGCCAGAUGCUCUUUCUUAUUAUAUAAGCUGCUUGCAUCCUGCUGCAAAACUGGGUUGCAUCCUGGGAGGUGUCAGAGGCAAAUUCUUGAUGAUGGCACAUGCGAAAUCUAAGAGGACUGCCGAGGCUGUGGUUGCUAGCAAUUGCAGUUUGUGUGAUUUCUUUAGUUCUUCCUCUUUCUUCCUGUUCCCUGAAUAGGGUUGUCAGCCCCCCAGCAGGGGCAGGGGAUUUCCUGCUUUGAGCAUCUCCCUCACUUUGGAAGAUUGGGCAGUGGGAGAAAAAAUGGUGGCCAUCACUUGACACUCUCGAAUUUCCUUCCUCCUAGUCUCUAUGGUAGGCGUGAAAUGGAAGGCUAGAGCACCAUCACCUAGGCCGCACUCCUCGGGGGCAAGUGGCACAAAUUCUGAAGCAGGUAGUGGGCAGUUUUGCCCAUCCCCAGGCCCAUGCAGUGCUUUGGAGUCUAGGGAGGGUGCAGGCCCUAUAAAGCGGAGCGUUUUUGCCUUUCUGGCCAGUCCUCCAUUCUACCUCAGUGCAACUCCACUUGGCUUUUGAAGAGAGAGAGCCUGCCUUGGAAGGACAGGAGUGAGGGUGGCUGCAGAGCUGGUGGGCGAGUGGGGUGGAAAGAAAAAGAAUGUGCGAUCUGUGUGCAUGCGUGUAUGUCAGUGUGUGAAAGAGAGAGAGAGCGCCUGCACUGGAGUGAGGAGAGAGAGAAGAAUGAGUGUCUCACCCAAAUCAACCAGCAGCUGAGCAAGGGGGAGAGAGAGAAUGAGUGUGUGUAUCUGACCCAAAUCAGCUGGACACCACAGUCCUUAAAGCAGGGAUGUCAAACAUGAGGCCUGCAGGCCAUAUUGGGCCCCUGCAGGUUUCCCACCCAGCUCCUGGGGCAACUGGCUCCCUCUUACUUACUUCUCUGGGGUGCUGCUGUCAUCACAGCAGAGCUAGUUUUUGCCCAGCUCCUCCUUCCUGGUUUCUGCUUUGUGUAGUAGAGAAACAAGCCGUGCCUCCCUUCCCUCCAUUGGCUGAGCUCACCUCCUUUGGGAGAAAGGUGGGGGAAGGAAAGCAGACGUCAGUGCUCCUGCAACAGAACAAGAGCAAAGGCUGACUCUGCCCAUGAUUCCUUUAGGAACAGCAGCGUUUCAUUUCAGGUAUGAGCUUUUGUUCUUCAGAGAGGGUACAAGAAUGAAUUCUUCUGCCAAGCACAAUUUACAUUGAGAUUGCCAUGCUUUGCUGUUUUCUUUGAGGCUUGGUUUCCCUCCCUCCCUCCCUCCCAUAUACACAGGCUUUUUUCCCUGGGGGAACGUGGCGGAACAGAGUUCCAGAACGUCUUCAUGGAAACAGUAUUCUCAAAAAAUGUUUAAAAUUUCAUAAGGGGCACCCAUUGUGUUCCUCUUUGCUUUCCCUCGAGAGUUCUGGCACCUCUUUUUCCAAAAGAAAAGUCCUGCGUGUACGUGCACGCACACACACACGCAUGUAGAUGUGUUAAAAGGAAAGGGCACAUUUAGAUAAAGGGAAAGGAGAAUUAAAAAUAGAGCUUCCUGCUCUUUCCUGUCUGAGUGCCUGACCCUUUGGGAUGGUGGUGGUGGUGGUAAGAGCAACAGCUCCAAUGAACUGAGAAGUGGGCACUAGGGGGGGGGAGAUUUCCCACAACAGCCCCUGCCAACUUGCUUCAUUCUUCUGGCUCCCAUACAAUACUUUGUGGCCAGGCUGGUACUGUCUAAGUUGUUGCAAGGGUUCCCAUGCUGGUGGAAGUUGCCCCUUAAGGGCCUGCCUCAUCUGUUUUGCACUUGGCAGAAACAGCAUGGGGAAAAAUGGCCCAGGUGCCAUGUUUCAGUCUUUCUGCAUGGCCGGCAGCAUGUUUGGGUCUGCCUGCAUGACUGGGAAUCUGGGGGAAGAGAGGCCUGCUGGGUCCCACCAAAAGGCAAUUCCUGUGCCACCACUAUGCCCUCUGGACUAGAUUGGGUGCCAGCCUGGCUGUGUUCCUCCAGGUCCUAUUUGCAGUAUGUGUGUGUGUGUGUCUGUCUCAUGGGGAAGGCCAUCUGCUUUUUAUCCUGCAGAGGUCUUCCAUGUUUUGUGAAGCCAUGCCAUGGUAGUAUGAGGCCUCUGGGCUGGCUGAGUGUGCUCACUCCAACUUUGUUUGGUUCAGUGGGGAGGCUGUAAUCUGAAGUUUUGGGUUGCUCUCCCUGUGCAGUUGGUCUCACUGCUCCUUCAGAGAUCUCUGGAGCUACCUCUCUGCUGCCUGAAGUUUUGGGUAUGGGGGCUUUCCUUUGGCAUCCUUCUUUAUUUUUGCUGUCACAGUCAAUCUUUUGGUUGGUGCUGCCAUGGGUGCUUCAGCUGUGCCUAAGUUCAGGCUCCAUAGCUUGCAAAGUCUGUUGGGUGAAGUCUCCAAGGGACAGGGAUUUUUUUUUAAAGGUUUUCAAGGUUUGGUGUGGAACGGAGCUCAAGCCUCCUACUUGAGCAGUAGGGCUAUUUAAAAUGGAGGAUCAGCUUAUGAUCUCUCCAAUAGGAGUCCACACAAAACUUGCAUAGCCCUACCUGAGCAAGCUGAAGUGAGACAUAAUCAGCUUGGAUGACUUCCCCCAUUGGAGAACAGCUGCAUUUGUGCAGGUUACACACACAACUUUCCUCUGCAGAGAAGGGGGUGUGCAGUACUGCUUAUGUACAGCUUCAUUAGUGCAUGGAUAUCCAAAUGGAUGUCUGGCAUUUUUUUGCUGAGAUCCAAAGACAUGUCACUAAUUCCUGGGGUUGGAUCUAGUGCUAAUUUCUGGUGGAGGAAUCUUUUACCAGCAGGACACAAAUUUCUGAUCUCUUGCAGCUUGUGGGAGACACUACCCACAGGGAAUAGAUUGAGGGGAGAUAGGGGGCUCACAAUGAAUGGGAUUGGGGAGUGGUGGAAAAAUCGGCAAAAUCUAUUAGAAGUCUACUGCUAAUCCAGUUCAUUAAUUGCAAUCUUUGAGUGCAUGGGUGGCUGAAGAAAAAACAGUCUGUGUUCAGUUGUUAUUACUGAGUUGUAUGUACUUCUGAAAUGAUAAUUCAAGCUGUUCUGACCUGUCUGUAGCCUUGAAGCUGGUUUUUCCUCCAUCAGCUGCAGAGUUGUGAAUAUGCACUGCAUUUUUAUGUAAUAGUUUGUACCAUUACCUUAUAAAAUUAUGUUAGAAUACUAUUGUUAAGGAAAAUGGAAAAACAUCAGGAACUUUCAUUUAGCUAUUCAUAAAGUUGUGAAAAGUACUUUCUUACACAUUUAAUGUAUAUGGCAAGUGAAUCAUAUGAAGAUAAUAAAAUGAGUAAACAUUU